AUGACUUCCCGUGUCACAGUUCAACAGGUUAUGGGCCGCACUUCGGCUUAUAUUAAUCUUACUUCCUCUGAAAAACUCACUCCUCUCAACUAUCAUGUCUGGGCUACUAAGAUCCUUUUGGGUCUUCGUGCUAUGAAUAAUGGUGUCCACCUUUAUGUCGAAGCUGGUACUGUCAAUCCAGCUGCUAAUGAAUCCCUCGAAGACCUCACCGCCUCGCUUGAUACCGUCGUCCAUGAUGUCAUCCUCAACAACAUUUCUCCUGAGUUGAUCGAACAUGUUAAUGAUGUGGCCAUUAGAGGCCGUGACCUCUGGCUUUAUCUUCAUCAGGAGUAUAGUCAACUUCAACCCGCCGAUGUCAUCUCACUUAUGAAAUCCCUCUAUGCUGGCAAUAUUGAUGUUGGUCCAAAGUUUGUUUCUUCUGUUCGUUCUUAUGUUGCUACAUGGCGUUCCAUCUACCAAUCAUUGUCGCCUGAUUCGGUUGUGGCCUUCAACGCUUUGGCCUCAAUGGGUCCCAAUUGUGAGCGCUUCAUCCAGUACGCCUUGGAGCACCGCUUUGAUAGUAACAACAAUACUGACAACCUUGAUAUCAACAACUUCAUCCGGAACACUGAUAAAUGGGCCAAGUUGUUGAAGAUUACUGGACCUCCAGCUACUCUUUCGACUGAAGCGUUCGUUGCUUCAUCAAAGAAGUACAAUAACAAAUCUAAGGGUGAUGGUAUUAAAUGUUUCCGUUGUAAGAGGCGUGGUCAUACUUCCAACAAUUGUCAUGUCUCUUGGGAAGAGGUUCAGGCUGCUCGCCAAGAUAAUAAGGAUGACAAGGAAUCUAAGGAGGCUAAAACCUCAAGAGGUUGGUUUGCUGAGACUAUUGAUGAAUUUUCUGAGAUAGUUGAUGAUGAUCCAUUUGUGAGUUCCGCUUUUGUGUCCGAGACAUCUGUUGUUUCUGAAAAGUUUGGUAACAGUUGCUCCGAGUCGUUUGAUGAUUUGGAAUCCGAACUUUUUGAUUCUUCUGAGCCGUGUGUCGGCGAUGAAGAUUGUUUUGUUGGUCAAGUUUCUGAGUAUUGUUCAAACUCAGGACUUGAUAUUGAUUCAGUUGGUAAACCGUUUGUUGGUUCCACUGAUGAUUCUUGUUUUAUUUCUGAACCGUAUGUCGGUUCUACUGUUGUUUGUUUGGAGUCUGAACCGUGUGUCAGUUCAGCUCCUAUUUGUUUUGAUUCUGAAUCGUUGGUCGAUUCGGAUGUUGUUCCUUUUGAUUCUGAACCGUUGGUCGGUUCUUCUUUUAUUUCUUGUUCUGAUUCUAAACCGUUGGUCGGUUCUGAUGAUGAUAUUGUCUUACCUUGUUUUGAUUUUUUGGUGGAUUCAAUUACUGAACCUUCUCCGCCUAUUGUUAAACCUAUUGUUACACCAAAAUCCCGUUUUUCUCCAUUCUUUUACUUAUCUUUUGUUACCAUCAUGUUGUUUUCCUUGAUUUUAAUUGUCGUCUGGCAUCCUUCUUCAAUCUUGGAUUUAAGUCAUUCAGUCCAUCAUGUUUUUGUUGCUGAAUCUACUACUUCUGCUGAGGCCAACUUAGUUGUUGGGUCUGAUUCUUUUGACUUUAUCCAUGAUACCGGUGCUACCAGUCACAUUUGCAAUAACAUCUCAUAUUUUUCUUCUCUUCGUCCCACUUCGGCUACCAUUCGUGGUCUUGGUUCUGCUACUGCUGAGGGGGUUGGCGACAUUGUCGUCGAUCUUCUUGGUAAAGAUGACCAGCCUUGUGACCGCGUUGUUCUUCGAGAUGUUUUAUAUGUUCCUAAGAUUCCUCGCAAUUUAUUUGCUGCUCGUCGAGCUACUGCUGGUGGUUGUCGGUUCAUUCAAGACCUUAACCAUAUUUCUGCUGUCGAAAAUGGCAAAACUCGAGUCCACGCCAUUGCCAUGGGUGACUUGUACUUUUGUCGUUUCCGAGUUGUUUUGCCUUCCAAGCCAGUCCAUGAGGUGUUUGCUGUUGAGUCGUCUGCCAAUCUUUGGCACAAGCGACUUGGUCACGCCAGUGUGGACGUUCUCAAGAAAUUAUCUAAGUCACUUUCUGUCAAGCCUACUCAUUUUGAGGUUGUGGAUAGUCAUAAGUGUGACGCUUGCUUGGGUGGCAAAGCCACAGCAUUGCCAUUUAAUGGUACCACAGAAAAAGCUAGUCGUCCUUUGGAGUUAUUUGUUUCUGAUUUAAGCGGUCCUCAUGUCGCUACCCCUGUGGGUCAUCGUUAUGUCUUAACCAUUAUGGAUUAUUAUUCCAGGUACUCUUAUGUGGAGUUGUUGGUUAGGAAAAGUGAUGCAAGUCUUGCCAUUCGUAACUUUAUUGCUAGGUGUGAAUCUUAUUUUUCUGGUGAUUCUGCUGGUGAUCGAGUUGCAUAUUUUCAUUCUGAUAAUGGCGGCGAAUACAUUUCCAAAGACCUGGAGCAGUUCUUUGUGUCUAAGGGUAUCAAGCAUACUUAUACAGUUCCUCAUACUCCUCAACAAAAUGGUGUUGCUGAGCGAUUGAAUCGCACAUUAUUUGAGAAAGCCAAGUCUAUGCUUUUAUAUGCUCAUGCUCCUGAAUACUUAUGGGGUGAAGCUGUCAAGUCAGCUAACUAUAUUAGGAACCGUCUUCCUAGUCGUACCACUGGUGGUGUUGCACCUCUUCAACUUUGGACGGGUAAACCUCCUAGUUAUCACCAUAUGAAAGUAUUUGGUUGUCAAGCUACAGUUGUUCUUCCUGGUGCUAAAAGAGAAUCUAAGUUAAGUUCAAAUACUGAAGCUGGUGUUUUUGUUGGGUAUUCUUUGGAUCGUACAGCUUAUCGAGUUCUUCUUGAUUCAAGCAUUGUUGAAGCCAGGAGUGUUUACUUUGAUGAGUCCAAGUUUCCAUUUAUGAAAAGUGAUAAGGACUUGUCUAUUAAUGGUACUGGUGUUGGGUUUAGUGUUGGGUCUAGUAUUGGUUCUGGUUCAGGGUCCAUGUCAGGACCUUGUUUUGAUUCUAAGGGGACUGGUUUAGGAUCUAAUGUUAGGGUUAAUUCUAUUGCUAGUUCUGAUUCAAGUUCUGGUUCUAGUUUUGGGUCUCAUAGAUCUUUACCAGCAUCCUCAUCUGGUUCUGGUUCUGGUUCUAUUUGUGCUUUACCGUCUCCGUCUUCUUCUCCGUCUCAUUCUCCGUCGCUUUCUUCUUCUUCUUCUUCUAUUAUCGUUCAUAAGCCUCGUUCUGUUCGUCGCAUUUUGUCUACACCUUCUGCUCCUCUUGAGUCUCCUACUCUUCCUUCUAUUCCUUCUGUUCCAUCUCUUCCUAGUUCUCCUAUUCUUCCACCUUCAGAUCAUGAUGUCUCUAUCUCUCCUGACUCAAGUCCUAUUGUUUCUCCUUCGGAAUAUAUUCCUUCACAAUUAGACUUAUCUGAAGCUGGUCCAUCUAUUAAUGAAUCUGAUAUUUCUGGUGAUUCUGGGAUCUCGCAACGAGGGGGUGAUAUUGGGUUUCAACCGUCUAUCAUUGCUUCGUCUCCCAUUCCACCACCUUCUGUUGAAUUGGAAGUAGUGCCACUUAGUCAAGAAUCUCCUUCGUCUGAUCUUGUUAAUUCUCUUGACCAAGCUGGUGUUAGUGUUGUCACUAAGGAUGAUACUCAAGCUGUUUUGCCUAAAUCUCGAUCUCGUGUUGUUGCUGUUCGUUUACCUUCUAUAACUCCUGCCAAACGCCCGAGUUCUGAUGACAUUGUUUCACCUCCUUCUAAACAUCUUUGUGAAAAUUCUUUGAAACAAUCUCCAGUGUCUGCAACACCUGCAAAACGUCCAGCUGAAGAAGAAUGUAUUUCUUAUCGUCGUCUCAAAUCUCUCCGCUUUGAGUAUGAUGAUGUGGCUUUACUUGUUUUUACAGAUCCUAGUAGUUUUGAAGAAGCUAUGUCUAGUGAAGAAGCUGAGUUUUGGCUUGAAGCCUGUGUUAUUGAAAUGUCGUCUCUUAAACGCAAUGGUACUUGGGAAUUGGUUGAUCUCCCACCUGGUCGCAAGGCUAUCAAUAGCAAAUGGGUAUUUAAAGUUAAGCGCAAAGCUGACGGUUCAAUUGAACGUUACAAAGCUCGUCUUGUGUGUAUUGGAUUUUCGCAAGUUGAAGGUAUUGAUUAUACUGAAACUUUUGCUCCCGUUGUUCGUUACGAGACUGUGAGGAUUGUUCUUGCUAUUGCUGCUCAGUUUGGGUUCCAGGUUCAUCAUAUGGAUGUCGAGACUGCAUUUCUUAAUGGUGAUCUCAAAGAAGAUAUUUAUAUGAGACAACCUAAAGGCUUUGUUGUCAAAGGUCAGGAAUCUAAAGUGUGUCAUUUGAGGAAGUCUUUAUAUGGUUUAAAGCAAGCUCCUUUGUGUUGGAAUGAGAAGAUUCAUGGUGCUCUUGUCAAACUUGGGUUUAUUCGUAAUGAAAGUGACUACGGUGUGUAUACCAAAGGAUCUGGGUCUACCAUGGUUAUUAUCGCACUGUAUGUUGAUGAUUUACUUAUUUCUGGCAAUUCUUCUGAAGUCAUUGCCAAAACCAAGUCUUCUUUGUCAUCUAUGUUUAAGAUGAAAGACUUGGGCCCAGUCGAGCAGUUCCUUGGCAUGAGAGUUAAGCAGUCACCUUACCAUAUUACUGUGGAUGUUUCACGUUAUAUUUUUGACAUGUUGGAGGAGUUUGGUAUGCAGAAUUGUUCAAGUGUCAAGACUCCUUUACCCACUCGUGAUCUUUCUGAUUUUUCCGAGUCUGACUCUGCUACCGAUGCCUCCAUGUAUCGCAGUAUUAUUGGUAAGCUGAUUUAUGCUGCUAAUUGUGCUCGUCCUGAUCUUGCUGUUGCUGUUAGCUUUCUUUGUCGAUAUAUGCAGAAUCCUAAGUCUAUUCAUAUGGAAGCUGCUAAGCAUACUCUUCGUUAUCUUAAGGGUACUGCUGAACUUGGUCUUGAAUAUCGAGCUCAGAAAGUCUACAAGCUUGUUGGCUAUAGUGAUGCCGACUAUGCACAGGACAAGCAGGACCGUAAGUCCUUUACUGGGUAUGUUUUUAUUCUGUCUGGUGGUCCCAUUACUUGGGCUUGCCGAAAGCAAGUUAGUCCUGCAUCGUCCAGCGUCGAGUCUGAGUACAUGUCAUUGUCUGAUGCGUCUAAGGAAUGCUUCUGGAUUAAUCAGUUGUUGUCCCUUUGCAAGAUUCCUGUUCCGUUGCCAGUGACUAUGUUUGAGGACAAUCAGGGAUGUAUUGCAUUGGCUCAGAACCCAGUGUUUCAUCGUCGCACCAAGCAUAUUGAUGUUCGUUAUCAUGUUGUGCGUCACUAUAUUCGCAGUGGAGUGAUUCAUCUGGAGUAUCUUGAUACUCAAGUGAUGUUGGCAGAUAUGUUUACUAAGAAUCUUGGUCGUGUGAAGUUUGAGACAUUAAGGGGACUACUUGGUAUGAAGGCAGUAGGUGAUUCUGCGACAAGGGGAGGUGUUGAGCAUGCAAUGUUGUCGCAGACUAGUGCAGUUGAUAAUGCACCAGCUGCUCGCGAAGAUCCUCAGAGUCAUCUCUGGGGGAUUACCAAGUUUGUCGACAUUUUCAAGUCAAGAUCUGGAGGAUGGAGCCCCUGUGAUUCAGUUGAAAUCCCAGCGCUAGUUGAAGCAACUUCUGCAGCCUUCGUAAAAGGUCGAAGAAUUAUUGACGGUUCAACAAAAGUGGUGCCAAAGCAGGAACCCAAGCAAGAACCCAAGCAGGAAUCCAAGCAGGAAACCUCGAAGAAAGCUGGCCACUCUGAUACCAAGCAAGGAAAAGGGAAGCAGUGGUCCAAGGGGUCCGGUAGCAACAAGAGGCGCAACAAUGAAGACAAGCAAGCUAGAAAGUCGAACUCUGAUGGUCAAAACAGAGUUGCUGCCUUGAAAGCUACCGAAUAUCUUGAGGUGGCUCGCGACGAUGUUGAAACUCUUUGCUCUGUUGCUCGGGCUAUCCAAGACGUAUUUGAUAAUGACGGCGGAAGCAGUGAUUAUUCGCCAGUUGCUUUUCUUCCACCUGCCAACCAAAUCGCCUCUGUGGGUGAAACAAAUCUUCCAAAUGUUCUUGAUUCUGGAAAUGCUACUGGUCAUCUUAUCUCAGACAACAGCUACUUUGUGUCGUAUGAGAAAUACAGCAGCCCCAAAACCAUCAGCUCCUAUGGUGGUUCCGACAUCGUGUUAGAAGGGGAAGGUAAAAUUGCUGUUGUAUUAAAAGGUGACGGUGGCACCAAUAUUUGCCAUAUUGCUGACGCACUUUAUUUUCCUGCUGGGUCUAGCAAUUUGUUUUCUGAUUCUGUCUGGCGCACGCACGAUGUUUCUUUUCAUACGGUCCCAAGUGGGGACUGUCUGGCCUAUUUUGGUGAGGAAAAGGUUGGUAGGGUUGGUGGUGCCAGAGAUGCCAAGUCUCACAUUUGUGCCAACAUUGUUCCGGUAAAGUUUACUAGGAAUAUCCUCGCUGUUGGAAAGGGACUUCCUGUCCUCUCACCGUCUCUCAAAUUUAUUGCAAAGGAGGCCGUGUUGAAUUCGCAGGCACUUGACUGUCAUGUUCGGUUUGCUCAUUGCUCUUUGACUUCGGUGAAGCAUUUAGCCAAGCUUGCUGAUCCUCCCUUUGAGGUGACCAAGCGUGACGAAGAGUUGAUCAAGGACUGUGUCAUAUGUGGCACGUCAAGAAGCAUUAAGCGGUUCACUUCUCCGGAUAAGCAUAUAGCUUCUGAAUCCACGGCUCCGUUAGCCCAGAUUCAUGCUGAUCUCGUCGGUCCCAUAGGUCCUGCCUCUUCAGGGGCCAGGUACAUGCUGAAUAUCAUUGAUGCAUUUUCUGGUUACAUCUAUGCUUUUGCUCUGGAAUCUAAGGAUGAAGCUCCUGGGAAACUUAUCCAGUUCUUUAAGCAGUUUGUGCCCAAAGCUGCUCGCCGUGCUGCUGACGGCAAGGCCACCAAGCUUAUUACUGACAAUGAUUGGGGCGUCAUUCAUAUUUUAACUGCUCCUGAUGAACACCAACAAAAUGGAAAAAUUGAGCGUGCCCACCGCACACUUCGUGAGAUAUCUACUAGAGCCUUGAUGCAGUCGACACUCUGGGCCAAUAUCUACUGGGACUCUGCCUGGCUCUACGCUGUGCAGGUAUAUAAUUUCUCCAUAGUUAAUAAAGCCGGUAUAUCACCUUAUGAAGCCUUUACGGGCAGAAAACCACCUAUAGCACUAGUGCACACAUUUGGCUGCCUAGUUUUUGUCAUUAAAUCUGAGUCUCAGAAACUCAAAGGGACCCUUCAGCCUCGGGGCGAGCCUGCUCUGUAUUUGGGUCCCGACCCGUUAAAUCCUAAGAAUUUUCUAUGCAUUACGAGGAACAAGCGCAUUCGGCGCUGUGUACACGGCAACUUUCGUGACCAUGUCUUGCCUGGCGUUAAAUUUUUUGGCGAAAAGCCAAUUUACGAGGGUGACAUUCUCAUUGACUACAGUGAGGUUGGAAAUCGUGACCCUGACUACAGUGACUCUUCCACUGAUGAAUCAGAAAGUGAAGAUGAAUCUGACUCUGACGACUACUCUCCCACUUCACUCUCUGGUGGUGGUGGUGGUGGUAACUUUGGCUGGACCUAUGUGGGCUCUGAGGGAAGGAGCCACAGAUCCAGCAGAUUGGAGGACCAGGAUUCUACUUCUACACCACCGACACCUAUAACUGAAAACUCUUUUCAACCGUUGGAAGAUGAUGAUGUGGAGCUGGUUGCAGAUGAAUCAAUUAGUGUUGUUGAAGACAAAGAUACACUUCAGUCUGAGGACCAUAUAUUGCUCGAAGAUUCUGCUGUUGAUGAUGCUGAUUUGAGAUCGGUGAACUCCAACGUAGCUGGUCGCCCUGGCUCCGAAGAUACUAACUGUUGA